AGCGCGAGUCGGUGGACGGGGUCCCCCAUGUGCAAGGAGCGCGGACGCGGCCUGCUGGCUCCCGGCGUCGGCCGAGGCGACGGGCUGCCGAGCCCCCAUGGAGUCCAGUGACCGAGCGGAGGGCGAUUAAAGAGCACGGCGGGCGGAGGGAAGGCCACGACGAUGUCAAUUACUGUGAAAAGAUGAACCAGCGGCACGUUUUGUUUGUAUGUCUGAUUAUCUCCGUGUUAUACUGGUGCCCUCAUUGGCAUGUAGGUUGUACUGGGCAACGGGAGAGUUCCUCAUUAGAAACACGUAUUGCACAAAAUGAGCACUUUGAAGAAAAGCCCAAGCAGGAUGCAGCUGAUGAAUCCACAGAUGUGAAACAUUCAGAUAUUAGUAGUCAGCUAGAUCCCCCGCUAGAAGAGUGCACAAAAGCAAACCAUCAGUAUGUGAAAUCUGAACAGCCUGAUUUUCCUGAACCUGGAUUGGAGCCUUCUAUAGGACUAGUGGAACCACCUCGUAGUGUAGCUGCUAGUAUUGAUAACGUUUCCAGUCCAUCUACCUCAGAAAACGUCUCCUCUCAGCAUAGUGCAAUAGAAAAUUCCAGUGAUGAUAUUCCUGUAAUAAGCUAUGAACAGUCAAAAGCUGACUGUGAAGCUGGAGGGGACAGUGAGGCUAUUCCUCAAAGCAAGCCCCCUUCCUAUACCAGUCUGCCUGAAAGUCCUCAGGAAAAAUCUAAUGAGGAGCAAUCUUCAAAUGGCAAGGGAAAAGCACCCAAUUCCAGUUCUGAACCUGUUCUUUCUGAGAUUCCAAAGACAGUUGUGCCCAAAGCUGACAAAGAGAAGCCAGCAAUAGAAAAAAAUUCCAACAAAACACAGGCCUUACAGAAGGAAGAGUUGGCAGAGGAUACUGAAGUUCCAAGAGGAGUAGAUGUUGGAGAUUCUUCUUCAAUUCCAUCUAAAGAUCCAGGAGAUAUUCCCUCAUUUGAUGAAUGGAAGAAGAAAGUCAUGGAAGAAGAGAAGGAGAAAAGCCAGUCACUGCAUACUUCUAGUGGUGGGCUUCAUUCUGGAAAAAAGCUACAGAAAAACUUCAACAACUAUGCCUCUGUAGAGUGUGGAGCAAAAAUUCUGGCUGCUAAUCCAGAAGCUAAGAGUAAUUCAGCAAUUCUAAUGGAAAAUAUGGACUUGUACAUGUUAAAUCCAUGCAGCGCCAAAAUUUGGUUUGUAAUUGAGUUGUGUGAACCCAUUCAAGUCAGACAGCUUGACGUUGCAAAUUUCGAGUUAUUUUCAUCUACGCCAAAGGACUUUCUAGUUUCCAUCAGUGAUAGGUAUCCCACCAAUAAAUGGGUUAAACUCGGCACAUUCCAUGCUCUGGAUGAGAGAACAGUGCAGAGCUUUCCUUUAGAUGAGCAAAUGUAUGCCAAGUAUGUCAAGAUGUUCAUCAAAUACAUAAAGGUGGAAUUGGUAUCACACUUUGGAUCAGAGCACUUCUGUCCCCUUAGCCUGAUAAGAGUGUUUGGUACCAGCAUGGUGGAGGAAUAUGAGGAAAUUGCUGAGUCUCAGUACAAUACAGAACGCCUAGAAUAUCUUGAUGAAGAUUAUGAUUAUCCCCUGGAUUAUGGUACUCGAGAAGAAAAAUCAUCAAAAAAUCUACUGGGUUCAGCCACAAAUGCAAUUCUGAACAUGGUCAACAUAGCUGCCAAUAUGCUUGGGGCCAAGAAGGGAGGAGAGGAAAUGUCUGAAAUAGAAGUUAAUGGAAGCAUGGGAUCUGAGAAUGAAACCACAAAAAUGGAUAUUUCUGUUCCAGUGCUUAGCCCUAGCCCUGCCUCUUUAAUGCCUGAGUUGGACUCGGUUGUUACAUCUGUAAUUGAAGAAAAACCAGAGCAAGAAUCUUCUGACUUGAGUUUUGAAAAGAAAGAUUUAAUUGUGCAGUUGGUACAUGAGGAUGAGGAGGAAUUGGUGAAUCGGCUAUCUACUGUCACUCUUCUGAAACCUGAAGAUGAUUAUGAUAAUCUAGUCAAUUGGUAUGAAACUGAAACUCAGAUAUACUGCAGUGAACUGCCAACGAUUUCCUGUAUUGCAAAUUUUGUGGAAUAUGUUUAUAAAUGGUGUUCCAUUAUUGCAGCCCUCCAGAGGCCACGCAGCAUAACACUUACUGGUGAACUAAAAGUUGAACCAGUUUCCAACAUUUACCAGGUUCUAAAUGGGCAGGAGGAAACACUUCUGGUAAAUGCAACUAAAGAGAUGAGAGAGGAUGAAUUGGAUAGUAUGCCUGCUGAAAAAGUGUCUAAAAUUUCCAGUGAAAGUCAGUCCAGCACUUAUUUGUUUGAGAACUUGGUUAAUCAGACUGACUCUGUUGAGCUGGAACCCAGUCAUCCUCCACUUGCUUCUCAUUCUCCUGAAGUCAGUACGUUUGAGACAAAAUAUGAUGUGAAAUGUACUGCCAUACUUCAAAGUUCUGAUGAUGCUGCUGACAAAGUGGCCGACCAGCUCCACCUCCAUCCAGAGCUUACUGUGCCCAUUCUAGAUCAAAGUACGGAAACUAAACUGGAGACCAUGCAAAAGGAAGCAGCUGAAGAAUCAGAGGAAGCUUCACUUGCAUUAGAAACUGAAGCUGCUAUUAACCCAGAUGUGGGUAUUUCAGUAAAUGGGUCCGUAGAUGAAAAUGAAAGUACUAUUCAAAUAUCAAUACUGCCUACGGAACCCUUCCAAACAGCUGGUAGUGUGGACGACUAUCCAGUGACUGAAAUUCAGAAUGAAACUACUGGAACAAAAGGGACUGUGGCAGAUACGGAAGAACCUUUGUUACCUUCAGGUUCGGAUGUGCCUAUCUCCUCAGCGACAGAAGCAAAAGAUGAAUAUCAAGCUGCAGAGGAAAUCCUCCUGUCUGCUCCAUCCUCAAAUGGACUAAAUCGAACAGUUACCGAUUUCUAUGCAGAAUUGCACAAUGUCACUGAGCUGGGAUACACUAAUGGGAAUCAAGUGCAUGGAUCCAACCAGAAGGAAUCUGUGUUUAUGCGACUCAACAACCGCAUCAAGGCGUUAGAAAUGAACAUGUCCCUGAGUAGUCGGUAUCUCGAAGAACUGAGCCAACGGUAUCGCAAACAAAUGGAAGAAAUGCAGAAAGCUUUUAACAAGACAAUAAUUAAACUACAGAACACUUCAAGAAUAGCAGAGGAAAAGGACCAGCGACAAACUGAAACAAUUGGUUUGCUUCAGGGUCAGCUUGCAAACCUCACUGAACUGGUGGGAAAUCUAACAGAAACGGUGAAAAGAUUGGACCAAGAGGUUUCUGACCGCCAGAACUACCUGGUAAUUUCCUUGGCUCUCUGUGUAAUUCUGGCUGUACUGCUCUGUGUGCAGCGAUGCUGGAACAAUCCAAUAUCGAGGGAUGUUCAUUCACCUACAGUUCCUAAAAGCAAUCACUACCCAAGCCCAAAAAGAUGUUUUUCUUCCUAUGAUGACAUGAAUCUUCUAAGAAGAACAUCAUUUCCCCUUGUUCGUUCAAAAUCUUUUCAUUUGCCUACAACUGAAGUGGGCCCAGAUGACUUGUACAUUGUAGAACCACUAAAAUUUUUACAAGACAAUAAAAAGAAAAAGCGCUGCAGAACAAAAAUUGAGAAGGUUGAAACAGUAAAACCAACAGAAUCUGUAAUCCCAAUGAUUAAUGGAGGAAUAAAAUCUUGCAAAGCUCCUUCAAAUCCAAGUGACUUUUCGAACACUGGUGUUGUCUAUAGUUCUUCACUCAAAGAUCCCCCAUCUGAAGGGGGUUCAGAGACCUCAUCACAAUCAGAGGAGUCCUACUUUUGUGGCAUCACAGCAUGCACAAGCCUCUGCAAUGGACAAACGCAAAAGACUAAAAAUGACAAACGAUCUUUGAAAAAGAAAAAGUCAAAGGUCACGGAUCAAGGGAAGUUCAUCAGCAACUUGAUACAGACUAAAUCGGGAUCAAUGCCAAGUUUGCAUGACAUAAUAAAAGGAAACAAGGACAUCACAGUUGGGGCAUUUGGUGUCACAACAGUUUCGGGCCACGUGUGAUUGAAAUUUAUUGACUUUGAAUUGGAGCACUCUUUUUAUUUUCUCUCGUUUAUGGUUCACAAGGCACUUUCCGCCUUGCAAUGCCUGAACAAAAUAAUUAUCUGCUGGUGUGAGAGACUGUCUUCAGGGUCUGUUUUGAAGCAGAAAUGGUUUGUACUUAACUGCCAUGGGGAGCAGCAUUCUACAAGUCAACUCCAUGUGAAUUUUGAAGGUAUAGAAGACAUAGAAGAAGCAUCUCCCAGAUCUUUCACGAGGAUACGCAGUGCAAUUAUUUGGAUUAAGGAUCAGCUUAAUUAACUGGGUACAGAUGGAACAGGGAUUAAUGCACAAAUUCUGCAUUGAGCUGUAUUCCUCCUACUUGCACCUUUCCAUAUUUGUGCCUUUUGUAUAUUUAUAAUGUAGCUGAAAACUGGAGAAGUUUCAUCUCCAAUUUACCUUGUGUUCAUCUUUUUCCUUUCAAUUGUAUGGGGUUUGAUACUGCAACACUACAGUUCUAAAGAUGAUCUACACAUCGUCAGAUGGGUUCAGGCUCCAAAGAAACUGAAUAUGAAAGGUAUGGGAGGGAAGGGGAGAGGGUCCUUUUGAAAUCCUUUUAAUUUUGCAAUUCAACUUUAAAUUCAGACCAUUGCGCAUGAGCCGAAAUUUCUAAAUUGGCUAGAGUGCAGAUUUGUAUGCUUUUCACCUGGUACUUUCACAUCGUGGUACAGAGUUUUUAUUUCUGAGGCGUGCAUUAGAAAGUUUGUGAGAAUGAGUAUUUUUUUUGGAAUGUAUAUAUUUGUGAGCGAAUGAGUGAGUGUUUAAGGAGAACAUUCCUUAAUGACAGAACAUCUGGUGUCAAAUUGUUAACUUAUAGUUCAAUGUGCACUUUCACUUUUUUUAUUCCAAUGCUUUUUGCUGAGUUAAAGUUUGUCAUAGUUUGUAAUGUAACUAAUUUAAUGCUGAAUUUCAUGUUUUUUUUUCUCUCUCCCACCCCUUGGCCUCCUCAGAAUAGAGUUUGACUCUGGUGGUAUACUUGCCCCACUGAUCUGCACAUUAGCCAGUCACAGAACUUGAGGACCGUUUAUUGUGGGCCUUUGUGAAAGGGUCCAAAUCUAAGCAACUUAUUAUUUAUAUGUUUUUAAACUUGUAUGAGUGCUAUGCACAACACUGUGGAACACAAGGAUAAUGUGACUGCAGAGCUGUAGUGCCAUUAGAAAACUGUGAAUUUCUAAAUAAAAUGGAACACUUUACUGUCUUUAAUCAA